CGGAGGUUGCAAAAUUGAUCGAUGUAGUCAUCGAUGGUCUUUUGCGGACGGAAGGUGGCGAUGAGAAGGUCGGCCCAUUGAAGGAAGGAGAGGCGGGGAAGGCCGUUGGCUCGGCGGUUGUUGUUUUCCGUUAACCACCAUUGAGCGGCGGCGCCUUGAAGGCGGGAGGUUGCGAUGGGGAGCCAAUGGGCGAGGGGCAUGUUGUGGAGAUCGUAGGCAUAUUGAAGUUCAGAGAGGAAAAGGAGGACGUCCUCGAGGGGGAGGCCGGAGAACGUCGUGAUAUCGGUGGCGCGGAAGGAGCAGGGAAUGUCCCCGUUGCGGGGGACGAUGCAAGCGAGGGAGUUGAAGUUGCGGUCAUCAGGAGAGGUGUCGUAGCAGGUGUGAUCCUGACUACGGUCACCAAGGAGGUAGCAGGGAGGAGGUUGGGGUAUGGCGGGGUAAACGCCCGAAAGGACUUGGGAGGGGUGGUUUGGGGCUGCUGUUUCGCGUUGAGAUCGCGCGCGAUGCUGUUGACGGAAUCGGUGCGGAGGGUGCCCAUGUUGUGGUUGGACGCACCGUCGGCCAUUGGGGAAAAUGGAGAUGAGGCGUCGGGGGAAGACGAAGGGGAAGAGGCAGCAACCGUGGAGGAUGUGGUAGCAGCGGUGGCGGCGGCAGCAGCAGCGGCGUCGGCGGCGGCACGUUGGGAUGUCCUAGUGUUGCGAGUCAUGCGGAAAUUGGGGGGGGGGGUGAGGAAUUAAUUUUGAAUAAAUAAAUUUAUUCCAACUGAAAUUUUAUUUAUUCGAAAUUAAUUUGUGAGUAUGGGUAGAACAAAAUUUAGAAGGGUCU